AUGCGAAGCGAACAUCUUGAAACACGUCAAGCACCGGGCGUGGUUGCAACUUCGAGUUAUCUCCGACGAGGAUACCAAGCUUCUACCGUUGCUGGUGAUUGGGUUUACAUCGAUGGGGGACAAUUUUCGUUUUUGAACGACGCUGGACAAUCAGUCUAUGAGUACUCGUCGACACUGCUUUCUAUCGAUCUUUCGAAAAGUUGGACGAAUGCGACGGUCGUGUUGCAAUCCACUGCAAAACCUAGUGGCCUUCCCAGCCUCGAUAAUCCGUCCCUUUGGUAUUACGAAGCAGACGACCUUCUGUAUACCGGAUUCACUGGCUAUCCUUCAGGUAUCGGCGUUCUACAAUCUGAUCCGUUGUCACUGUGGUCUUUCAAGCCCGACGAUACCGGAAGUGGAGCUUGGAAUCAAGUGAUUGAUUCCAACUCUUCUGUUUGGGAGCCGCUUACGCGCCCUGGCGGCUCUCUCAUGGCGUACAGCCAGAACAAAGCACUGGUCCUCGGUGGUGACCGUGCAUACUAUGAGCCCGUCUCGCCACAAACCCUUAUGUCUGGCGCGGUACUCUUUGAUAUGGAAUCCCAGUCGUUCACAAAUCUUAGCGCUCAGUGUUGUAACGCGACGGGUGGCAUUGAGAGAGGCGCCAUGGAAUUCGUCCCAUCUUUUGGGCCGGAAGGAUUAUUCAUCGCCAUGGGAGGGUUGAAUGGACUAACUUAUAAUACUACCGAUGGUCUCGUAGGGCUGUCAACUGUCUCGGUGUUUGAUCCUGCGACGCAAGAGUGGUACAAUCAAACAACGACUGGAAGUCCGCCUAGUCCAAGAGUAUCCUUUUGCACUGCCGGCAUCAACUCAACGAACGGCACCUAUGAGAUCUUCGUCUACGGAGGCUAUGGCUGGCGCUUCGGAGACAAUUCCAUUCAAUACGAUACAAUCAAUGUCCUCACGCUGCCCGCAUUCCACUGGUUCAGCGUACCAUAUCCGCCCCAGUAUCCUCGGUUCGCGCAUUCCUGCAAUGCUGUUGGAGGGAGCCAGAUCCUUUCCAUUGGGGGGCUGGACGCCAGAGCCACGAACGACCUUCCUGGACCUGCAAAUGAGUACAACAACUCCGCAGACCAAUUUCUGCAAGGCCUGGCAAUAUUCGACAUGACCACCAUGGCCUUUGCAGAUAAUUUCACCGCCGCAGCUCCACCUUACGAGCAGUCUGGCGUGGUAAAACAGUACUACGCGCAAGCACAGCAAAAUUACAUGAAAACCCUCGUUCCAGAGGUCGCGUCACUUCUCCAAGUCACGCAUUUCACAAACACCUCUACCAACUCAACCUCCACCAACUCAACUUCCGCUUCCAACUCCCAACCUCCAAAACCCUCUCCAUCAAAAUCCAACAGCGGCGCCAUUGCAGGCGGUACAAUCGCCGGUGUGUUGGUCCUUUUCGCUUCCGCCAUCAGCAUAAUCAUCUAUCUCAAGAAGAAACGCAAAAAUGCCCCCCCAAAAGCUGCACCUAGCCCCGUAGCUGAAUUAUCCGAUGGGCCUGAUUCGAAGAAGGACAAAGGCUUGCAGGAGAUGCAGGAGGACUUUCGGCCACUGGAGCUCAGCGGAAAGCCGUUGCACGAGCUGAGCGAGCAAAACUUGCAGGAGAUGGAGCAGUCGGCACAAAAGAUAGAGUUGCAUGCGGGUGGGCGAUCGGAGAUGGAGCAGCCGGCACAAAAGAUAGAGUUGCAUGCGGAUGGGCGAUCGGAGAUGGGAGCGUAUGGGAAUUCCUUUUAA